UGUUAAAAAUGAGCUCAGCUCAGUGGGGAAACUCCUAUGAAAAUAUAUGGGCGGACACGGAGGAAACCCCGUCCACGCCCUCUUCGUGAUUUAUAAGGCCAGCGCCCCGUUUGCACCAUCAGAUUCGGGAUUCGAGAGCGAGACAGUGUCGGCAAUCUUCAACAAGGAAGCAAAAUCAACCUGAUUUGACUCAAACAGAAAGACUUAAAGAGCCAGCAUGUCCAAAGCCACAACAAUGCCACGGCCCAUGUGUUUGGUGGAGAAUGUGAAUGGAUCGCUCUGCGUCUGUAAAGACACCAUUGAGUUCCUGAGUAGGAUCAAUGAGCCGGUGGUGGUGGUGUCUGUGGUGGGACUCUACCGUACAGGGAAAUCAUACCUUAUGAAUCGUUUGGCAAGACAACAGUCAGGCUUUGCUCUCGGAAACACUAUUGAGUCAAAGACCAAAGGCAUUUGGAUGUGGUGUGUGCCUCACCCCUUAAUAGAAGGACAAACUCUGGUGCUGCUGGACACAGAAGGACUGGGUGAUGUGAACAAGGGAGACUCCAAGAAUGACGGAUGGAUCUUCUGUCUGGCUGUUUUGCUUAGCAGCACUCUGGUGUACAACAGUCGUGGCACCAUUGAUAACAAUGCACUGGAACAGCUGCACUACGUUACUGAACUUGCUGAGCAGAUCAAGAUCAGAUCUCCAUCAGAAGCAGCAGAAGAGGAGGAAGGGGAUUCUCAGUUUGUGCGCUUUUUUCCAUCAUUUGUCUGGGUCGUGAGAGAUUUCACCUUGGAUUUGGAAAUAGAUAGAAAGAAAGUAUCAGAGGACGAGUACCUUGACUUUGCCCUCCAGCUGAAGAAAGGUGUAAGUAAGAAAAUCAGUGACUACAACCUGCCCAGACAAUGCAUCCGUAAUUAUUUCCCUACCCGGAAGUGUUUCGUUUUCCCAUCUCCAACCUCACCAGAAAAAAUGACACGCUUAGAAACUCUACAAGAACAGGACCUACUGCCAGAAUUUCUUGAGGUCACAGGCCAUUUCUGUGACUACAUGUUUGUCAAGAGUGCUGUGAAAACACUGAAAGGAGGACACAGAGUUACUGGAAGAAGACUGGGUCAUUUGGUUCAGAAUUAUGUGGAUACAAUCAGCAGUGGUCGUGUGCCCUGUCUGGACAAUGCCGUGGUUGCUCUGGCAAAUCUAGAGAACCAGGCUGCUGUUCAAGAAGCCUUAAAAAUAUAUCAGAGUGGGAUGGAAGAGGUGAAGAGUAAGUUCCCAGUAAAUGUGACUGAUCUUACUGCGGAGCACCAGAAGUUUAGCAGUUUGGCCACCUCGGAGUUCAUGAAAUGUUCCUUUAAAGAUGAUAAAGGAGAGUACCUUGGAAAUCUGAUGGAAGCCAUAGAUACGAACUAUAUCGACCUGAUAGACAAGAAUGAAAAGACAUCAGAGAAAAAGUGUGGAGACCUGCUGAAGAAUUUGUUCUCUGAGAUGAGUGAACAGAUGCAGAAUGGAUUGUACAGUCAGCCUGGAGGAUACGAACUUUACUGCAGGGACCGAGACGCCGCCGUUGCAGAAUACCGCAGUGAGCCCAACAAAGGAGUCAGGGCGGAGGCCGUGCUGAAUGAGUUUUUGAAGGAGCGGGGAGCUGAAGCAAACAGCAUCCUUCUCACUGAUAAAAAACUCACUGAAAAUGACAGAAAGAUUCAAGAGGAAAAAGAAAAGGCAGCUCUGAUGGAACAGCGGUGUAAAGAAGAGGAAGAGAAACGAAUUGAGAGUGAACGAAUAAUGGAGGUGGAGAAGGAGCGGCAGGAGGACAGAAUGAGGCAGAUGGAGGAGAAGUUUAGCUUUGAGAUGCAGCAGCAACAGCAGGAGAUGGACCGAGCUCUGGAGAGCAAACUGAAGGAGCAGGAAGAGCUGCUAAACAAAGGCUUUAAGGAGAAAGCUGGUUUUCUUGAUGAAGAGAUCAGGAAUCUUAAAGCGGAACAGAAAGAGAGCAGUUCUGGUGGCUUUUUUAAGGGAGUUUUAAUGCCUCUUAUCAGCACUGCAGCACAAUUGAUUCCCAGCUUUCUCACUCACAGAGUGAUGAUGAAGGGACUAAAAUAAUGAACCAUGAAUAAAAAAUGCAAAACAUUGUUACAUCCCAUUUCAUUCAUUUAUAAAUGUGUGGGAAAGAGACAGUUGAGGGUGUUGCCCAGACGUGCUUGUUGUUAAACUGUGAAGGCUAAUCUCAUGAGUAUUCAUUAGAUUAUGUGAAAUUAAUUAAACAUGAUUUUUGCUGUUUUGAAAUAGUCUUCUAUGUAUUGUAUUGUUGCGGAGAUUAGGCCUUUAGUAGAGUUUGCUUAUGUCCAAGUCAGAAACAUUAUAAGUUCUCAUCAUUACAAUGCAAUUUCAGAUAGUAGUCAUUCUUGCUGACCAAUUCAAGUGCUCAUAUUAAGUUGUGACAUUUGAUUUGAUAACUUGAUUUUAUGUACUAAAAUAUUAGCACCAAGCCUUAACUUUUUAAACUAUUCAGCAUGUUGGAAAGACUUUCAGUAGGCUACCCGAUAGUGUGCUUCAUCGCAAAUCCUAUGAAAUGAAAAAUACCAGAAAUUAAAAUAAAAUAUCUGUAUAUCAGUGCAAGUUGUAAACCAUCAUUUUGAUUCUGUAUGUUCUCAGAAAAAGUAAAUA